GAGAGCGCGGUUUGAGCCCUCCCGGCUCCCGUCGCCGCGCUCCCUCCUUCUGCCAGCACCGCCCAGCCCAGCCCAGCGGCGCGGCGAGCGGAGGGGAGCGCAGGGCAGCGGCGCGGCGAGCUGCCGGGGCAGCGGCGAUGGCCGAUUACUGGAAAUCUCAGCCUAAAAAAUUCUGCGAUUACUGCAAGUGCUGGAUAGCAGACAACAGACCUAGCAUUGAGUUUCAUGAAAGAGGAAAGAAUCAUAAAGAAAAUGUGGCAAAGAGAAUUAGUGAGAUUAAGAAGAAAAGCUUGGAAAAGGCAAAAGAAGAAGAAAACAUGUCAAAAGAAUUUGCAGCAAUGGAGGAGGCUGCAAUGAAAGCAUAUCAAGAGGAUAUGAAAAGGCUUGGAAUUAAGCCAGAUGAUGUAGGUUCCAGUUCAACACAGAGUAAAACGCAGAGUAACACAGUGGAAACUAAAGCAAAGAAAGAAAAGAAAGAAAAGAAGGAAAAGAAAGAAAAGAAAAAAAAGAAACCUCAGGACGCCUCAAUGCCAUCAAAAAUUGAAACAAAGGAGUGGGUGCAAGGAUUAUCUCCUGAAGGCUAUACAUACUACUACAACACAAAAACUGGAGAAUCACAGUGGGAGAAACCUAAAGGAUUCCAAGGCAACUCUCAAAACUCACAAACGGGAGCAGAGUGGGUGGAAGGUGUCACUGAAGAUGGUCAUACCUAUUACUAUAACACACAAACUGGAGUAUCCACAUGGGAGAAACCGGAUGGUUUUGUUUCAUCUUCAAAUGAGAAGGGUCAAUGUGACAAGCCUGCAGAAACAACAUCUGAAUCAGACUCAGAAGAUAGUGAGAAUGAAGCAGAGAGUUCAGAAAUGAACCUCAAGAGGAAAGGAGAUAAUGGUGAGGAAUCAGAGGAAGGGAAAAAAUCUCCCAAAGCUAAAAAGUUAAGCCCUUAUGGGAAAUGGCGAGAAGUUAAGUCAGAAGAAACCACGGAUAAAGAGGAGAGUACAUCAACUUCCCAAGAAACCUCAAGUGAUGGAUCUAACAUGACCACUCCUUAUGGAAAAUGGAAAGCACUUAAGGAAGUAGGGGAAGAACAAGAAGAAGAAGCAGGUGAAAAAGUGGACCUGGAACUUCCAAGUACAGAGAGUGACAAUGUAGCACCCCAAGUGCUGGAGGAUCCAGAAGAGGAAACAGUCAUAUUUAAAGAGAAGACAGUCACCUCCCUUGGAGAUCUGACAGAAGGGGUGCCAAUGUUUAAGAAGAGGAAAUUUGAAAAUGGAAAAUCUAGAAACUUAAGACAAAGACUAAGUGAUCAGUAAUACUUAACAAAUCAUUUUAGAUUCUGUUUAAGCUAGAGUGAAUCAAAAGUAUAAUAUUUUCAACAGGCUUUUAUAAAUAAAGUGUUGGAUAGAAGUUAAGGAUUUAUAGGUAAUAAAAUAUACAUGAGUUUAAUAUUUUUUUAUUUUAUUUUGAUGUGAUUGGUUUUGGAAUGGGAGUUUGUGUUAAAUUACUUAUGCAAUAUUGUAAAUACAUGUAUUCUUUAUUGUAACCAUGCCAUCCAAGUUCUAUUUGCUCUGUGUGUGCUGUUUUAAAUACAUUUCAUAAGGUUUUUUACUCCUUUUCUAACUAUGUGAGAAUGCAGUAAUCCUUAAUCUUGCAAAAAUGAAGCAGACCUUUUAUUUUCAUAGAGGAACUGGAUCAGUAGAAUAUACUAGAGAGUAAAAUCAUCCCCCAAGAUUGUUUAUGUGGUGUAGUUUCUCCACUAAUGAGUAAAAUAUUGUGCUUACUAACCUUAGUCUGAUUGCUUGCAAAAGAGUGGGUGGUGAGACUGCCAGCAUUUCAAACUGAUCAUUUAGAAGCUGUUUUUAGAAGAGUUAGUCAAAUCAGUGCCACCCAUUCCAAAUGAUGUUCUGAAAAAUUAUUUCUGUAUGUGCAUGGUAAAUGUAUUAAACUUCUGCAGAAGAUCUAACCCUGCUGAAUCCUAACUUGUAGUAACAGCACCAGAGCCACACCUGUUGGAGUAGACAUUUCUGUGAUAUCUUCCUGUCUCCUGCUUUAUUGUUGUCUACUUGAAUUUUUCCUUCCUUUUACUUAUCAAGUUUCUUUUUCAGUCUUGUUUUCUUUUUGUCUAUUUCCUAGCAAAAAACCACUUGCCUGAUAUUUUAAUGAAAAAAUACUUUAGAGACUUGGCCCUGCUACGGCAUACAGGACCAUUUUUGAGGGGGUUGUGUUUUUUCUUUUGAUAAGAAGUGUGUGUUUUAUGGUUGCAGUGUUUGAUAAGCUGAGAGGGCCUAAGUGUGUUGAAGCUUCAUCAUUCUCACCAUAGGGGAGGAAACAAAAAGAUCAGCAAAGCUGAUGGCUGUAGAGUCCAAGAUGAACUGGACUUUUUCUUAAGGAUUGUCCCACUUGGUGGGAUUGGUCUGCAUUUAGCAUCACCAGGAUUCGUUGUCUGUGUCAGAAUAUAGCUGCAUUCAUUGCUUCUCAAGCCAUCAAACAGUGUACCAGAAAGGUCCAAAUAAUGAAUCUGUUAAAAACUAUGUCUAUAUUCUUAGAGCUCACAGUGUUUUGUUCAGGGGAGUCUCAGUCAAAAAAAAAGGAAUGCAGCUAAGGCGGUUGUCAAGAGUCCAGUAAAAUAGAGUUGGUAACUGCUGAGCUUGAAUUUCUUUGAGAAAACAACUAUUAAUCUGUUGGAUCAGUUGGGAAAGGAGUGCAGAAUAGGGAAUCUGGUUUAUUCUGUAUUACAGUGGAAGCCGAAGUUCUUUUUUCAAUUCUGUGACUUUUACUCUAUUUAGAAGAGAAUUAAUUAUUGUGUUUAAUCCCAUGUGUUUUCUUGGCUUCCUCAGGAUUGGUGUAUUUUGGCUGAUGUUUGCUCUGAUAAAUCUGAAAGUUUACUGUAAUAUCUGACCCUGGAUUAUUAUUUAGAGAUUCAGGACACAUGCAGGAUGCUUCAAAGUCUGAGAUGCAGGAAUGUACAACAUGUACUCCCAGGAGAGGGUUUCCUAAUCAGAUUUUUUAGGGUUUGUUCUUGCGCAUUACUCUGGGAGCCUGCUCUAACUUGAAGUUUUCUUGUGUUUGUGGCCAGUUUACUCUUCCAAUUUACACAAGUCCUGCCCUUGAGCUAAGUAGCUUUCCUUCACCUUGAAUCCAUCAAAUCUUCUCUCUUUGAAAUCACAAACAGCAUCCUUGUGUUGACAGGAUCUUCAGUGUCCCACCAGUGCUUCUCUUCACCCAUUCCAGCCUGUGUCCGCCUGGACUACACUUGCCUAGGUGGAUUUCCCUGGGCUAGUUCACCUUGAUUAAAGCCAUGCAUGAUAUCACCAGUACUUCUUAGCAUAUUGAAAGUAACUCUUGAUACUCCCCUAAACCUCAUUUGCUUUUCAUAUGCUGUCUGCCAUGGGCACCCUUACCAGUGACUUACCACUACAUCUGACUCUUUCUGCUCCUUUGCUUUUGCCAGCUGCUGAGUUACCAGCUGGUCAUGCUUUCCUUUCAAGCACAAAUCUUUAUUUUCUUAAACAUUUUUUGUACUGCUGUACUCAUCUUCCUUCUGUUACUCCAAGCCUAAAGUGUAAGUAUUUCAUUAUGAUUUCUGAAAAGUUGUUUUUGUUUAUUAGUACAGUUUUAUCAAAUAGUAUAGGGCUUUCUUGUAGGCUCCACUUUUAAUAUCCUCUGAGAAGGAUAGCUUUCCUCUUUUAGUGACAUUCCCCAAAUAUUAGCAUCUUUCUUUUAAAAUGCUUUGUCACUUUGAAGUGGUCACAGGCAGCAAUUUAAGAUACCUGUAACUAAAUCUCUUGAGCAGAUGUUUAAAGACAUCUGAAAAUGAGUGUUCAAAACUUGUUUCCUUGUGGAGCUGCUGUUAGAUAUAAUAUGAGCCAAAGGUUUUAGUAUUGUGUUAAGUAGACAAACCAGAGCAUUAGGAAAAAAGAUUAAAAGUUUUUUCUUUGCUUACAGCCAGUAAAGUUAGUUUAAAUACCAUAUGUGUGGUUAUAGCUGAUGUGACUUUUAAAGCCUGCAUUUCACAAAGAAAUACAGCACUUUGCUCUCCACUACCUCUGAAAGUCAGAGACCAGUUAAUUCUUUGUUCUUAAGUGUAAGUUAUAAAAAUGGCCAGUUGAGUUUUGAUAUAUCCUAAACCAUUGUUUAAUUUAGCACCAUGCUGUCAUUCAAUUUCCUUAUUGUGUAUCUAAACCAAAUAUUUUCUGCUCUACACUAAAACAUUGUCUUGUGUGAGAUUUAAGGCAGACAUUGCUUUUCCAGGACAUCUGUUUUGCACAGAUCUCCCUCCCUUCUGUCCUAUCUCCCUGCAAACUCUUCUGCUUUUGGAAUUUGCUGUAGGAGCCCUCUAGGUAUUGCCACUGUUACACUCCUCAUCUGCUAAUCCUUCUCGGAGCUGCACUGGCUUUUGACAAAGCAAUGUUCCUUUUAACAUUUGAGCAGAGCGUUGUCUGUUCUGGCUGAUCUAUUUUCUAUCAGACACUGUUUUUAUCUGCUUGCCUGUUUUUAUUGCCAGCUCCUUGACUACACCAUUGGUUUUAUAUGAUGUCAUAGACAUUAUGAGCAAUAUGAGGAGAGCCAGAGAGCAGGGGGCAGUCCUUGCAAUUUCUCAUGAUGGUGAUUUCUUCUGUGUGGUUUUGAGGCAGUCAAUUCACUGUUCUGUGAAUUUUCCUUUCUUUGCCUCAUGUUUUCAUCCACCUUGUCUGCUUAGCAAGGCAGCUUCACAGCAUAAGACUCGUGUGUGUUUUUACAGCAGGGCCUGCCUGAAGUUGGUGAUGCUUUUAGAAGCAAAUAUAUUGCAUAUACAGAAAAAAGAAAAAUUAUUUUGUUGAGCAUUUGCUAUGUCAGGAGCUGUGCAGAGACUGCUCAAUUUUACCCCUAUUAUAGAAUAAUCCUUGUUCCUAUUUAGGCUAAAAUACAUUUUAGUCCUUCACCUGGGGAUUUAUAGAUUGAAAUCCACACUUUCCUAAUAGGAAAGUAAUCCUCACAGAUAAAAUUUGACCCUUAUAGAUAAAAUUUGUGCCUGCAGCAUCACCCAGUUCCAAUAUUCAGUUUUAGAAGUGGGAGGGCUGGGGAGAUCAUGACAUGGAUCUGAGUUAAGUUCACUAACUUGUGCAUUUAUAAAUAUUUUUCCUUUUUCUUUUUUCUUCCCUGAAGGAAAUUUUAUUUCAGUGCAAAUUUUGGCAUCUCAGAAAGAGAGUAAAAAACAAUUUCAUGCUGCUUGGUUUCUUUGAUUUGUUUUUUGAGUUGUGUCUCCCCUUUUUGAGUACUUUCCUUAUUAUUGCUGUCUUCCUUGAAUUGUCUUCCUCCAGUAUUCCCAGAUAUGCAAAUCUCUAUCACCACUGUGCCGUGUUUCUGUUGUCCUCCUUUACUUCUCCCCUGCUCUGCUGAGAUUUCCAGAAAGCUUCCUGUUCUUCUGUAGCCACCUUGUGUCCAGGUCCCGGCUCCCAGGAGCAAUUCUUCUGCCUGUUUGCACUAUGCCCUGAAGAACCCUGUCUGUUUUCCUACAACACACAAGCUAUUUCAAGACUUUACAUGUGCUCUUUUGAUUUCCUUGAUUAUUCCUUUUCCCAAUACAGAUUCCAUUCCUUGCACGGGGUUUGCAGCCCUUAGAUCCUUUUGCUUGUUGGUACAAACUUAUACCUCCUUCUAUCAGCUGUGGCAACCCUUGGGUUCUGUUUUGUCAGCCAGACCUCUUCAGUCUCUCCUCUAUCUACCUCUUAAGUGCUCCUACCUUCUACCUGCUAAAUUAUUUAACUUAGAAUUUGUUAACCAUUUGUGUGAUUAACAGGUUUAGCUUUGUGAAAUGUUUCAGGAUAGAACUUGAAUUAAAGUUUCCGUACAAAGCAAAAAGUGUUGCAAAUUAUCAUCUCAAAAAGGCUAAAUUUGAGGAUUCCCAGAGAGCCAGGUUUCAGAGAUUCUGGAGACUUUGGGGAAUUCCCAGGAUUCAAAAGCAGAUUUGAUUUUACCUGUUAAAACCAUAAAUAGCCUGUUAAAAACCAGCAGACAGUGUUUUACAGACCAUGGACUGGAGACAGUGGAUUUUAAUGGCUUGCUUGGGGUGAUUGAAAAGCGUUUGUUUUAGUUUUUAAGUAAGUCUACAAAGUUAAACAGCUGGUUUCUCUUCUCAGCUACAAUUACAAAAUAUUGCAAGCUCUUGAAGUGGAAUUUAUAUGAAAAUACUGAAUAAAGCUUUCCUUUAAACAA